AUGGAUUCCAAACGCCGCAAGACCGGCGACCAGGAUGUCAGCGCCUUGAGGUUGGCGUCGCGCCAGAAAUACCUUGCCGAACGCGAAGCGCAACAACUCGCCCUACUCCGCCGCCAGGUCGCCGAAGAAGCAGAAGAGGAGGAGAGGCUGGGCAACAAGCUGAGCGAGAGAGAAAGAGCCGAGUUCAAGAAGAAUCGUCAGACCCUGGAGUUGGCCGAGGCGCGAAAUGCGAUUGACGAUUCUGGUUCCGGUUUCCAAAUUCCCGACGCCGAGUACUCGAAUAAAAACGAAGCUCUUACUCGCAGACACAAGGACACAGAUGUCGACUACAAGAGCGAAUACCAGCUCUGGGAAGAGAACACCAUGAACAAGAUAUCUGGUCAGACCAAGCCAACCGAUGCCCUCCGAGAGCAGGCUGACGGGUGGGAAUUUGUGCUAGAUCCAGCACAGGACGUGGUAUAUGAUGGACCUAUGGUGGACCUGGAGAAGCAGAGGCUUGAGAUGCUCGUGGACGAAGCAGAGAAGCAUGCCGCCUCAAUCGAGGAAGUUCGCCGUUCAUUACCGGUCUACCAAUACAAGGAUGAGUUCAUCAAAGCUCUACAGACUGAACAGAUACUCGUCUUCGUCGGUGAGACUGGAAGCGGAAAGACCACGCAGAUCACGCAAUUUUUGCGCGAUGCUGGGUUCGCGAAGCAGGGGCGCAUUGGCUGUACGCAGCCCCGACGUGUGGCGGCUAUGAGCGUUGCCAAACGCGUGGCAGAAGAGGCUGGCGUUCGCUUGGGCAAAGAGGUUGGCUAUCAGGUCCGCUUUGAGGAGAAGUUCGAUGCCGCGACUACUGAGAUCGUCUACCUUACGGACGGCCUACUCCUGAAGCAAUGUCUUACGUCCCCCCUACUGGAUGAGUACAGCGUAAUCAUUCUGGACGAGGCGCACGAAAGGACCAUUUCUACCGACGUGCUGAUGGUCUUGACCCGUGAGAUUGCCCGUUGCCGACCAGAUUUUCGUCUUGUCAUCGCUUCGGCUACCCUGAACGCUCAGUUCUUCUCUGAAUACUUCGACAACAGCAAUGUGUUACACGUCCCAGGUCGAACAUUCCCAGUCCAGAAACUAUACACGUCGUCGCCGGAGGCCAACUAUCUGAGCGCGGCCCUAACUACCUUCUGGCAAAUCCACGCGUCGCAACCGAAGGGGGACGUUCUGAUUUUCCUUACCGGCGAGGAUGAGAUCAUACAGGCUGCAGAGUCUAUCGAGUCUACUGCCAAAAAGCUCGGAAACAGAAUGGCACCUGUCGUAGUCGCACCAAUCUUCAGUAGCAUGGAGACAGAUUCUCAACAGCGUAUCUUCUCGCCAACGCCACAGGGCAGCCGCAAGGUCGUCAUUAGUACAAAUAUCGCUGAAACGUCUUUGACUAUAGACGGCAUCGUUUAUGUGAUAGAUUCGGGAAUGGUCAAACAGAAGCGGUAUGACGCAAGACUAGGUACCGAGACCUUAUCAGUUGUGCCCACAUCACAAUCCAGCUGUAAUCAGCGCAGUGGUCGUGCGGGCAGAGUGUCCCCUGGCAUUUGCUUCAGGCUGUUUACAAAGUGGUCCUUUUACAACGAACUUCCGCCUUCGACGGAGCCAGAGAUCCUACGCUCAAACCUCGAUUCCAUGAUACUGAUGAUGAAGAGUAUGGGAAUAAACGACAUCCUCAACUUCGAUCUGCCUUCCAAGCCUCCUCCCGAAGCCAUGUGCUUAAGCCUCGAGACGCUUUACGCUCUUCAAUACCUGAACAGUGAAGGACAAAUCACGAAGUUGGGUCGAAAGGCAAGCGAACUGCCAUUGGAUCCAAAGCUAGCGAAAGCUCUGCUAGCUGCUGACAGUCUUGGCUGCGUCGACCAGAUAGUCACGAUUGUUGCUAUGGUAUCGGAGGGAGGUAACGGGCUGUGGUUUAGUCCGAAAGAUAAGAAAGCUGCAGCAGAUCUAGCACGGCAGAGAUUUGCAUCAGAGCACGGGGACAUGAUCUCACUUCUGAACCUUUGGAACGAGUUCGAGGAGACAGGGUUCAGCAAAAGUUGGUGUCAGGACAAUUUCGUUCAGUAUCGGACGCUCAACCGCGUGGUCGAUGUUCGCGAUCAGCUGUUCAGACUUUGUGACAAGGUUGAGAUAGAGAGGAGUAGCUGUGGGUCAGCCGAUCACGUCAAGAUCAUGAAGAGUUGGACUUCGGCAUACUUCGCCAAUACCGCCCGGCUAAACAAGGAUGGCAUGAGCUAUCGCUGCCUUUCCUCGCGCAACCAAGUCUGGAUCCAUCCAUCCUCCUGUCUGAGAGACAAGCGGCCGCGUUUGGUAUGCUACUUCGAGCAGGUGGAGACCUCAAAAUCGUGGAUGCGUACUGUCGCCCCAAUUGAAGCAUCAUGGCUCAGUGAACUAGCUCCUCACUACUUUAAGAAGGGACAGCUUGACGAUCUGGACGUCGGCAAGAAGAUGGGCAAGGGUGCUGGGAAGGUGAGUGUUGAUCGCUGA